AAUUGUUAAAUUAAAAGAUAACUUAUUAUCUAUCUUCAUAUUUUAUUUUGCAGGAUAUUUUCUAAAUCCUCAAUAUCAAUAUGGCCCACAUGAUAUUGAAAAUGAUAAUGAGAUCAUGUUGGGUCUCAAAAAUGUGAUUCAACGUCUAGAGGGGGAUUUAGUAAAUCAAGGAAAAGCAUUAAAUCAAGCCCUACUUUUUCGGGACAAAAUAGAGAGUUUUGGAACAGCUUUGGCGCAAAAGGCAAUUAAGUUCACUAAUCCAGCUGAGUGGUGGAUUAAUUAUGGAGAAAGUGCUCCUGAGUUGAGAAAAAUCGCUAUUAAAGUACUGAGCCAAACAACUUCAGCUUCAAACUGCGAGAGAAAUUGGAGCACAUUUUCUCUCAUUCACACAAAGACAAGAAACAGAUUGAAGUAUCAAAAAUUACAUGCACUUGUCUUUGUGCACUACAACAUGAGGCUGAAAAUCAGAAAUGUGACAAGAAAAAGCCAACAGGAGUUAGACAGGAGCUAUGAUCCAAUUAAUUUGGAUUAUAUUUUUGAAGAAUAUGAUCCAUUAAACUCUUGGUUGGAGGAAAGGGAAUCUCCAUUGCUUGAUGGGCAACCAAAUCCAUGGUUAGAUGAUGAAGAGGCGGGUAAUGCUCCAUCACAGUCUGCCACUCAAACUCAAGGACAACAAGGUGCUGCUGGUGAUGAUGAUACUUUUAUUUUAUCCAGCUCUAGUAGUAAUGAUGAUGAUGGUGGUGGUGAUCAAGGUGGAGGAGGAACCACAGUUGAAGGAGGUGGUAGUCGUAGUUCACAAGAUCCACCUUGUCAAAGACAAAGUGGAAUUAGAAUUGCUUCUGAACCAUCUCCGAUGCGUAAGGAUGUUGCAUAUGAGGAGGAGGGGUCAAUUGAUUCAUUAAAUUAUGGAUACAACGCUGGCACGUAUAAUCCAAAUUUUAUGUAUGGUGGUGGACCUGGUGGUAGCUCAUCAUAUGAAGAUACUUCAUCAAACUAUGGAUUCCAUGGCCAAUUUAGAGGGGUGCCUUAUCCAACAAAUUAUCCUCCUGCAUAUUCAUAUUACCCCUUAUUAGGAGCAGAGUCAGCUUUAUCAUACCCUCAGCCAACUUAUGGUGAUCCUAAUGAUAUUAUGGGUGGUGGUUCUUUAUUCAGUUUUGAUCCACAACAAUACUAUCAACAUCAGCAGCAUCACCUUAAUGAUCAAAGCUCAGAGAGCCAAAGUCAAGACCAACAAGAACCUGCACGACGUUCUUUUUGGUGGUAG